UCAUCCUGUAAGGCGAGCUAGUGCAAAUGUCGUGAGCAUUAUAGCUAAGUAUGCAAUCCCUGCAGGAGAGUGGCCAGAACUAUUACCUUUUCUUUUCCAAUGCAGCCAAAGUCCUCAGGAAGAUCAUAGAGAAGUGGCUUUGAUUCUUUUCAGCUCCCUUACUGAAACUAUUGGGGCUACUUUUCAAUCUCAUCUGAACAAUUUGCAACCUAUUUUGCUGAAAUGUCUGCAAGACGAGUCUAGCUCUCGAGUCAGAAUUGCGGCCCUAAAGGCUGUUGGAUCUUUCAUAGAAUAUGUCAAUGAUGGAGGUGACAUUGUAAGUUUUACUCGUCAGGUGUGAUUUUCUUAAAGUUUGUCUGUUUGGAGUUAAAAAAUGUACCACUUCUAUGAUUAUUCUAAUUGGUCCUACUAUUUUGAAUAUUGUUAUUUAGAUCUGUGUUUUGUUUACAGCAACUGGUUCUACUGUAUUUUCCUAGUGUUUGCUAAUAAUGACGCUCUUUUGCAUCUACCAUAACAUAGGAUUUGACUCAUUGCUAAUCUCUACUACACUAACCUCUUAUGCCUAUGAACAUAUUUGCAUAACAAUUUUUUUUCCCUUGAGAUAAGUGCAGUUCCAUGAAGCUAUUUCGCCCUGUUCAUGGUCCGGGUUUUCCAGGUUCGGCUGGGUCCAUGACCCAACCUGCGUAUUUACUACUUGGUCCAGGUUGGGUUGGUCCUAUAAGGUUUAGAACAGGUUUAAUUAUGUGUUGGGUUAAACUGGUCUGGUGUGGUUCGACGGGUUUGUCACGGGUUGAAUUUGCAGCAAACAACAAGGCCGUCAACGGGCCAACUAGAUGCUUGCCUCUAGCCUUUGGGCCUGGACGCCUGGUAGAUACAGGCCUUUCUGCACAUCAUUAGCACAUUUCCACACAGGUCGCCAGCAAGUGCCGCCGUCGCAAAGAGGAGGCGCCGAGGCGGAGCUCCUGCCGCGCCACCCGCCGAAGCUCGCCUGUGGCCGCUCGCGAGCGUCAUCCGGCGAAACUCACCCCGCGGCUCCUGCUGCUUGCUCGGCCAGGUCUUCUACCCAGACUGCUCAACCAAGAGGACAGCAAGGAUUUCGUGACCACGGUCAAAAUGUUUCGGGACUUUGUUCCCAGUAUCUUGAAUAUAUCGAGGCAAUGUCUUGCUAAUGGCGAGGAAGAUGUUGCUUCCAUUGCAUUUGAAAUUUUUGACGAACUAAUUGAAUCUCCAGCGCCACUUCUUGGCGACUCUGUAAGGUCAAUUGUGCAAUUCUCGCUGGAAGUUUCUGCAAACCAGGAUCUGGAAAUAAAUAUAAGGCAGCAGGCCAUCCAGAUAAUUUCAUGGCUUGCAAAGUUUAAAGCAUCUUUCUUGAAAAAGCACAAACUGGUUGUACCUAUCCUGCAAGUUAUGUGCCCUUUGCUUACGGAAACAGCUAAUGAAGAUGAAGAUUCUGAUCUAGCAGCUGAUCGUUCUGCUGCCGAAGUCAUUGAUACAAUGGCUAUCAACUUACCAAGACACGUUCUUGCACCAGUUCUUGAGUUCGCUUCUGUGAGCUUUAAUCACAUUAAUCCGAAGUAUCGUGAGGCUGCUGUGACAUCACUGGGUGUUAUCUCAGAGGGUUGUUGUGAACAUUUGAAAGAUAAGCUGGAAGAUUGUCUGAAAAUUGUUUUGGAAGCAUUAAAGGAUCAAGAGCAAAUGGUUAGAGGUGCUGCGUCUUUUGCUCUUGGUCAGUUUGCUGAACACCUGCAACCAGAAAUUUUGUCUCAUUAUGCGAAUGUACUUCCAUGCAUCCUAAAUGCUCUUGAAGACCCAUCAGAUGAAGUUAAGGAGAAAUCAUAUUAUGCCCUUGCAGCAUUCUGUGAGGACAUGGGUGAAGAUAUCCUGCCAUAUCUAGAUCCCUUGAUAUGCAAAUUGGUUAUGUCUUUGCAGAGCAGUCCGCGGAACUUGCAAGAGACAUGCAUGUCUGCAAUUGGCUCUGUGGCUGCUGCUGCAGAGAAGGCUUUUACCCCAUACGCAGAAAAGGUCCUUGAAAUGAUGAAAGGUUUUAUGGUGCUCACUAGUGAUGAAGAUUUGUGUGCAAGAGCUAGGGCUACCGAGGUUGUUGGGAUAGUAGCCAUGGCAGUUGGCAGAGCAAGAGUUGAAGCGAUACUGCCCCCCUUCAUCGAGGCUGCUAUUUCUGGUUUUGGAUUGGAUUACAGUGAACUUAGAGAAUAUACUCAUGGUUUUUUUAGCAACGUUGCUGAGAUUUUGGGUGAUAGUUUUACACAGUAUCUUCCUCAUGUUGUACCUCUCGUAUUUUCUUCCUGCAACUUGGAUGAUGGUUCUGCUGUGGACAUUGAUGAUGCUGAUAGUGUUGACAAUGGAUUUGGCGGUGUUUCCUCUGAUGAUGAUGCUAAUGAUGAGCCAAGAGUUAGAAAUAUCAGUGUGCGGACUGGGGUAUUAGAUGAGAAAGCUGCUGCAACACAGGCUAUUGGUUUUUUUGCACUACACACGAAGAGUGCCUAUGCUCCGUAUCUCGAGGAGUCACUGAAGAUUUUAAUCAGGCACAGUGGGUAUUUCCACGAAGAUCUGAGGCUCCAGGCAGUCAUUUCUCUAAAACAUAUCCUAACUGCAGUUAGGGCAAUACCUCCUACACAUGCUGAUGUACAAGAGAAACAGAAGGAUGUCCUUGAUACGGUUCUGAACAUCUAUAUUAAGACCAUGACAGAGGAUGAUGACAAAGAGGUUGUUGCACAAGCUUGCAUGAGUGUAGCAGACAUUGUGAAGAACUGUGGUUUUGCUGCAAUUGAACCUUAUAUACUAAGGCUUGCUGAGGCGACACUCAUUCUUUUGCGUCAAGAAUCAAGUUGUCAGCAAGUAGAGUCGGAUGGUGAGGAUGAUGGCGACAUUGAUCAUGAUGAAGUCCUCAUGGAUGCAGUUUCAGAUCUAUUGCCAGCUUUUGCAAAAGUGAUGGGUUCUUAUUUUGAUCUUAUCUUUGCAAAAUUGUUUGAUCCAUUGAUGAAAUUUGCUAAAUCUCCCCAUCCUCCCCAAGAUAAGACUAUGGUUGUUGCAACCUUAGCUGAGGUCGCUCAGGAAAUGGGUUCUCCAAUUUCUGCUUAUGUUGAUAAAAUAAUGCCUUUGGUGUUGAAAGAGCUUGCAUCAUCUGAUGCUACUAAUAGAAGAAAUGCUGCUUUCUGUGUUGGUGAGAUUUGCAAGAAUGGGGGUGCUGCAGCACUAAAGUACUAUGGGGAUAUACUUCGUUCUCUGCAUAAUCUGUUUAGUAACUCAGAAUCAGAUGAUGCAGUAAGAGAUAAUGCUGCUGGUGCUAUUGCUAGGAUGAUAAUGGUGCAGCCUCAGUCAAUUCCUCUCAACCAGGUUCUUCCAGUAUUUAUCAAAGCUUUGCCACUAAAAGAAGAUCAUGAAGAAUCAAUGUCUGUCUAUAGUUGCAUCUGCAGUUUAUUACUAUCAUCGCAUCCCCAGAUCCUUCCUCUUGUGCCUGAUGUGAUACAUGUCUUUGCCCAAGUGGUGGUAUCCCCAGACGAGAGUGAUGAAGUCAAAACAAAUAUUGGCAAGGCUGUAUCUCACUUGAUAUCUGUCUACGGCCAGCAAAUGCAGCCUAUACUGAGUGCACUGCCACCAGCUCAUGCAAACGCAUUGGCAGCAUUUGCCAGUAGAAGAUGAUCACUGAGAAGCAACUUUUCUUCAGUUCUUUGUUCUGUUGGAUUGUUUUGGCUGUCAAAUGAUUGCCAUUUUCUCAAGGCCAUCAUUUGUCGAUUCUGGUUAGAUGGAUCAAACCAGAUGGGAUGUCUGCAUCGGACAUGGGUGCGAGUGAGUAGAAUUCUUGUUUUCCUUUUUGGUGUUAUUAGUGGUGCUCAUUGGAGCUGUGUGCGCGGUUGAUGGUGCUAUCCUUGGCCAACAGCGCAUUUGCCGAGUCUGCCUGUUUUCAGGUUCCGGUUUUGGUUGUUUGUUAGCUUGGUUUCAUAAUUCUUUUACCGGGCUGUGCGAUUCAUUGAUUACUGUUGUAUAUAGAACAGAGUAUUUUAUAUAGAAUAUAUGGCCUUUUGGAACUUUA